AUGAAGGUCCUCAUCACCGGCGCCGGUGGCUUCGUCGGACAGACACUCGCCUCCUCUCUCCUCUCCUCCCAGCACAGCCUCAUCCUCACCGACCUCCACGCGCCCCCCAUCCCCCCCUCCCCCUCCUCCUCCUCCUCCGCCAUCUCAAUCGCCGCCGACCUGACCGCCUCCCCACUCCCCGACGCACUGCUCCCUCCCGACCUCGACGCCAUCUACGUCCUGCACGGGAUCAUGUCCUCCGGCGCCGAAGCCGACCUCGACCUCGGCUACCGCGUCAACCUCCACUCCACCCUCUCCCUCCUCGAUGCCGUGCGCGCCCGCUGCCGCCGCGGCAUCCGCCUCAUCUACGCCUCCUCCUGCGCCGUCUACGGCGGCGCCCUCCCCGCCCUCCCCUCCGAGUCCACCGUGCCCACCCCCGAGGGCUCCUACGGCGCCCAAAAGCUCAUGGUCGAGCUGGCCGUCAACGACCUCACCCGCCGCGGCCACGUCGUCGGCUUCUGCGUGCGCCUGCCCAGCAUCGUCGUGCGCGCCGGCGCGCCCACCGCCGCCGCCAGCUCCUGGAUGUCCGCCGUCAUCCGCGAGCCGCUGUCCGGCCAACCCGCCACGCUGCCCGUGACGGACGACGCGUUCCGCUGCUGGGUGUGCUCGCCGCGCACCCUAGUCAGCAACCUGGCGCGCUGCCUGACGCUGCCGCGGGACUGCCUGCCGGCGCACGCGAGGCAGGUGCUGCUGCCGGGCGUGGCGGUGAGCGUGGGCGAGAUGCUGGCGGCGCUGCGCGAGGUCGGCGGCGAGGAGGCGCUGGCGCGGGUCAGGAGGGAGCGCCCGAGCGAGGCGGAGGCGCGCCUCUUCGAGAGCUGGCCGCAGGAGUUUGACGUGAGCCGCGCGCUGGCGGCCGGGUUCGAGCCGGCGGGGACGUUCCUCGAGGCGGUUCAGGAGUAUGCAGCGGGCUUGAAGGAGAGAAAGUAG